AUGGCGUCGCGGACCUCCGGAACUGAAACCCGACCUAGGUACAAGGGCACCAAUACCAAAUCACAACAAAGCAGAACAAAAGAAUCCCACGCGGAGAUAGGGGAAAAUACAUGGAGCAGAGACUUACCAAGAAGCUCAAUGGACCGGAGAAAACUGGAAGGGCAGCGGACACCGGGACGGCUGAAGGGGAGGAAACCCCAAAACCUAACCCAGAGCAAACAGCGCCGCAAUGCGAGGGGGCGCAGGGCCAGCCCCACCGCCGGAUGCACACAGGGAGGAAGAGAGGAGGCAAAGCGAUGUCGGACCAUGGAGGACGAGAGGCAGGCAGCGGGUGCGAGAGGACGGGGGUGGGUGUGGGGAAUUGAAUGCGGAAGGAAGCAACAAGCUCUGAGCGGGUCGCUCGUUUGCGGCUGCCUUGUUUUCUGGGGAGAAGGCAGAGGGAGGCGAUUAUGA